AUGUCACACCGACGUGAAGCAGGCGCUGUUCCACCAUGGGUUAUUCCAGAAGAACAUGCACGUUGUUCACCUAGAAAUAAAGUAAAUCAACAAUCGACAGUGGAAAAGUCUCCGUUGAAUCAAGUGGAAAAUGUUGUUAAUAAUAACAGUAAUAAUAAUAAUUCAAAUUAUAAAGUUAAUAUGGCAGCCGGAGACUCUAAUUCACAACAAACACCUAAAGCAAAAAAAGAACAAGUUUAUAUUAUGGGUGGACAGUUGGUGAAUAGUGAUCAUAUACAAUAUGCUGACAUAUUGAUUGAAGAUGGUAAAGUUGUUUCAACAGGUAAAACUAUUCAAGUUGGAUCAGAUACAUUAACAAUUGACGCCAGUGGUAUGCUAAUUAUGCCCGGUGGAAUUGAUAUGGCAACCUAUCUGGUACAAGAUAUUCAUUCAUUGGAUAAAGAAGCUUAUUUAAAUGUUACAAAAGAAGCCUUAAUCGGAGGAACAACAACAAUUGUUGAUACAAUUUUAUGCCCGAAAGAUUCAUCAGCUAUUGAACUUUUAACAAAGUAUAAAUGUACAAUGAAAGAUACAAAACUGUGGUGUGAUAUUGUCAUACGAAUUGGUUUCUUAGAAAUUCAUGAAAGUCAAUUAAGCGAAAUAGACGAUUUAAGUAGAAUUCAUGGAAUUAAUUCCUUUUUGUUUAUUAUUGAUCCAGUUGAAAUGAAUAGAACAAGCAAAGAUUCUGUGUUAAUUACAAAUUUGUUAAUAGCACUAGAAAAGUGUAAAGAAUCCGGUUCAAUUGCAUUCAUUAAAUCCUAUUUGAAAACCUCAAAUUUGGAUAAUAAAGAUGAUUUGGAACUGAAAUCAAUUGAAAAAAUUAUCUUCUUGGCUAAUACAGCCAAUUGUCCUGUUGUCAUUUCCUCACCGAAUGGAUUGAAAACAAUAGAAGAAGUUAGUGAAGCAAGACGUCAGAUACCACCAGCACAUAUGACAGUCUGUUGUACGCCUAAUUCACUACAACCGACAACGACAAAGGGGCAGCAGUAUGCAAACAAAUUUCUAUCCCGAUUAACCAAUGGUGAUAUUACAUUGAUUUCAAGUGAUCAUUAUGGUGUCAAUUCAAGUGAUACAAUCGGGAAACGAUUAACAACAAUCUGGGAAGUUGGUGUGCCAUCUGGAUGGUUGGAUGCUACAUCUUUUGUUAAUAUUACCUCUGCGAAUGCAGCACGUUAUCUUGGCUUAUAUCCAGUCAAAGGUUGUCUCUCUCCUGGAUCAGAUGCUGAUUUAAUCCUAUGGCCGUCUGAUAGUAUCACUCGCUGUGGUGUUGGAAAACCCGCACUGGUUAUACAUCAUGGCAAGUUAAUUGUACAAGAGGGUAAAUUGAUUGACAAUAAUAACAAAACUCUGAAAAUUACACCGAUCAAUAAACUCAAUGAAUUUCAAUCAAAUCAACCAUGCGGUUUAUUGAAGACAGGGAAAACAUUCCCACCAACUAUCUAUGGUUUGGUGAAAGCAUCUGAAAGAUUGCGUAAAAGAAAUCAAAUGCCAAUAGACCGUGAACCUUGGACAAUGAACAAUUUAAAUGAAACGGUGAUGUCUUCCCAACAGUCUUCUAAUACAUUAAAUAAUGGGACGAAUAAUAAUGCAAUUGUAACGCCUAAUUCAAAUGAUGAACAGAAAAUUACAGAUAAAGUACAAAAUUCAACGUCAUCGCUUAAUGUACGCACAAUCCAUGGACAUAGAGAUUUACACGCAUCUGGAUUCUCCUUAAGCGGUGCACAAGUUGACGAUGAUCAACCACUGAGAACAGGGAUACGUACACGACAGACAAGUGAAUCAAGAAAUCCAUUAUGGUAG